AAACAAUGGAAAGAAAAUCAAUCAGAACAGCAAAUGAAUCCAGAAAUUAACGAAUAAAAAACCGCGUUGCUUUCGGAUUAGUUUUGAUCAGGUAAAAACAACAACACAUCCUAGCAACUAACUGAGCCUUCAUUCACGUUUAUAGCGUACGGAAUUAGAUGCGAAAGCUUUUCAACUUUUACGAGUGAAGAGGGAGGAUAAUGUUUAUUUGCCGAUUAAGACUUACUUUGAAAAACCCCAACAACAAACAAACAAAAACAACAACACAACUGUGUAAACAAAGUAAUCAAUGAAACUUUCAGCCAUGGUUUCUGUGAUUUAUCAUGUUUAAAAAUCAUUGCAUCAAGAUAUUAGAAAAACUAUUUUCAGAACUGUGUACUGUCUUGUUCAGAUCGUAGGACGACAUGUAGGCUAUAACCAAUGAAUCUGUUCUGGCUUCUGGCAAUUUGUAGCUCUGCUGUUCUUACUGUUCUAGCCAAAGCACAGUGUAGAAUUCUGUGAGCCAAAGUGAAAGCUCAUAGAAAUCCGGCUUCAAAACAAAAUUAUUAUUGCCUUCACUCUUUCUCGCUCAGCAGGCAGCCGUCCCGCUGACCCACACUUCACCGCUGUAUGCUGUAGGAGGGUGGCAGCAAAGCAGACUCGGUCCCUUUUUACGCAUUUUAUAGAGCAUUAUGUUCAAGUCAUGCCAAUGUGUGUAACGAAGGUGUUGUAAAGGGAAACGCGUGCCUGUCAUUUAUUCAUUUAACUGGCGCUUUGGCCCUCAUUUCUCCCUAGGCCUACCUCACCAUGGAAUCAGCACCAACCGCUGGUAAAGCGACGCCAAAGAAAGCAGUCCAUCAACAGUUCCAGUUUGGGCCAUGGACAAUGUCAACUUGCAAAUCACACAUUCUAGAGUCUGAGGGCCCUCAGAAGGAAAAGUUUGAUAAAGAAAUGCAACUUCCACAGCUUCCAGAGAUGGUGUUUGCUGAGAAUUUCUUGCGUGUUCAGCAUGAGUCAGGAUGCGGGUUGGAAUUUAAUGCUCUUGAUGCACUGCGGUUAGUUGAUGCUCAUUCAGAUCCUGUCAAGGUCGCUGCAUCAAAGGAGUGGCAGGGAGCAAGAUCCGACUGCGAGCACAUCAAGAACGUGGUGUCACCGUUUGACUGGACCUACACUACAGACUACAAAGGAACGAUAGUCCAGGAAAAAACGGGUACCCUUACGGUGUCUCCAACAUUAGAUCGCAUUGAUGUUGAAAAACUGAAGAAGAGAGAACCAAUUCAUUUUUACGAAGACGUUUUGCUGUUUGAAGAUGAACUGUCUGACAAUGGGACAUCAAUGUUGAAUGUGAAAGUAAGAGUCAUGCCCAGCUGUUUCUUCCUGCUGAUGAGGUUUUUUGUGCGUGUUGACCAAGUUUUCAUCCGUGUCAAUGACACCAGAAUAUACCAUGAGGCAGGAACAAACUACAUGUUACGGGAGUUCUCCAGCAAGGAAGAGAAGACUGUUAAUAUUCCAGCGGCUGUCCAUACUGAUCCAAAUGAGGUCUCCAAGCAUUUGAAACUGACAUGUGAAAUAUUUGAGAAACUUGAGUUCCCACAGUCAUGAGGUGAAGCUGUUGUAAUAUAGGGAUAAGUGUUGGAGCAUGACAUUGUGUAAAUGAAUAAUUAGGUAGUGAGAGAAUGAAAUAUUACAAAAGAUUGCAGUGGAUGAAAUUAUUGUUACCGUUACACAUUGACUGUGUAAAUUGAAUGUUUGAGAGUGUUUAUGAAAGGGAAUUUUUUUUGUUGUUGUUGCUGGUAUCAGUUUCAUGCCUUUGUUGUGAUGCAUAGUUCCACUGCUGAAAAUUGAAGUAGUGAAGAAGCUGCUCUUACUUUUGUAUAUCAACUGUACCAGUUUUUGUCUUAUAAUGGUAAACUGGGCACCAGGGGCAGUAUGUUCUAUUGUCUGAUCAUAUUGUUACCCUUUUUAUGCUGCGGUCGACACGUUAUAGGUCAUAUUUGGAGAUGGGUGUUUCGACUCGGCUCUGUCAAGGCCAGCUCGGGGUAAUUGGGAUACAGUAUCUCGUAAGAAAGAUGGGGUUGCCCGGUGAAUAUUGCCCCAACUCAGGAAUGAGGAAGCAUCUUGUGUACGCAAAACGAAAGUGUUUCCAUUUCGUGGGACAUGCUCUGCUCAUUUUGCAAUAGGCUAGCAGUCUAUUUGAAAAAGAUAAUUUAUCCUUUUGCAUUGUCUUGUUUUGUUUGUGAGUUACUAGGGAUACUUUGUCCAUUGGUGUAGAAUUUGCUGUCAAAUUUAGGAUAUUGUCAUUAGGUUUGUUUUUCUCUCUCUGUUUUUCUUUUGUUAGUUGAAAACCCUGAAUACACUUGUGUGAAUGUGGGAUAAAUGAUAUUUUUGUCUAUUGAGAGAGUUUUGAUAUUAUGAAUGUCCUGUAUGAUUGCUUGAGGAGAGAUGUGGGAAAUAAUUUUCAUAUUCAAGAGCAUAGCGUCAGCAAACUGUUCAACUGUUAUAAGCCCAGAAUCAAAAUUUUUCAUAAGAUAUAAAAAAUGAUUCCAUUUUUCUAAACAUCGUCAUUAUGUAUCUAAGGCCAGGAAGAACAAUUUUCACGAGAGAGAAGAAAAGUUUCAUUCUUCUAAAAAUUGUCACUGUAUAUCUUUUCUUUUCUUUUAUCAACAUUUAUAACUUGAAGUUUGACAAAAUAUAUUUUUUCAAGCAUGUGCUUCCGAUACCACAGGUUAAGGAACUGCAAUGAAAAAAAAAAAGUAAACAUUUUGGGCUUACGUUAGUGCAUCUGAACCUCUGGCUGAUGAGAGCAGUUGGAUCAAGCUGUGUCUGCCUGAACGUUCCACCUCAGGCCUUGCUCCUUGUGAUACUUUUUGUAUUUUGUGCUGUUUUUUUUUCCUCUUUAAUCGUGAUAUUUUGCUUUUGGAAAGAAUGUUUUACAUUUAUAAUUUUGUUCUCACUGUGCUCUGAUGUGAAUUUCAGGGGGUACUAGUACUGCUGUUUGAUUUUUUAAAACCUGCAGUGUAGUAAAAUCAUGUUAAUGUUUUAUAUAUAUAUGGCAAAAAAUGAUUCAUAGUAAAUUCAGUCCAAAUUAUUCUAUUUCAACAAUGUUCGAAUGUUUCAUAGUAAAUUCAGUCUAAAUUGUUCUAUGUCAAUAAUGUUGGAAUUUGUUGAUUAUGGAGAUGUUAAUACUGGACUAAGAAAGAUGUGGGGAUUUUCUUUUUAAUCAUAUCUGAAAUAUUCAGUUUGUUCAUGAUUCACAUCAUGUAAUGAUGUAAUUUUUGUAGUAUUAGGUUUUUCUUGCUGACAGCAGAGUGAGUCUAGAACCACGGUUUGCCUCACGAGUCACACUGCUGAAAUGAGGAGGAUGAGCUUCUGCCUUUUUUUUGCCUUAUUAACUAAACUUUGCAAUAGUGGGCGCUGCUCUAUUUCCUCAGAUGGUAGUAUUGGUCUACGUCUCAUGUUGUAUGAAGAUAACAUAUAUAUGUUGCUAGUUACGUCUAUGUGGUCUAAUCCCAAGUUGUGUGGGCAUGUUUUCAUCUUAGUAGUCAUGUGUUUUGUCUGAUAUGCCGUCAUUGUUAAAAGUACAGUAUAUGCAGUUUUUACAAUAUUUUACGAGCGAGCCAAAGAAAUUGAAUGUUAUUACCAAGAAAACAUGUGCUUUAAAUAGAGAGAUAUAUGAGGAAGUUAUUGUCAAAAUUGUAUUCUUAAAAAUAUUGACUUGGGAAGUUUGCAGAGAGUUUGUUUACUUGGUAACAAUAUUCAGUUUUUGGGCUCUCCUGUAAAAUUGUACAAACUGCAUACUGUGCUUUUAAAAAUGAUGACGCUGAUGUCAUGUUGAGAAACUUUGCCAUUGAUCAUAACUUGAUUGUUUAUGUGAGCCACAGUGAUGAAUAAAUUGUAUAACAGUGGAGUUUGCUUUAACCAAAAUCCAUGGGACCGUCA